AUGAUUUCUAAACUUGAAUGCUAAAUUCAUAAGGGAUAAAAAGUUAAUGCUAUUUGUGUUGAUACUUAUUGCCUUGGCAAUACAUAAUGUUGUCCUCUAUGCAUCAAAGAAUUACAUAAUGUACAUGAACAUAAAGUCGUGUCUCUAACCUCUUUAUAAUAAUUUAUUUCCAAUCAAGAUAAUAUCAAAAGAUAAAAUGAUGAAUUCACUUCUGUUAAAUAAUAAUUAAUAGCUAACAGACUCUAAUUAGCAGAACUUACAGAAAUUAUAGAUGCAAAAAUAGAUCAACUCAACAAAAAUUAGCUUAAUUUUAAUUUAUCAAUAGAUUAAUUGAUGACUUACGAUUCAGAAGAAUUACAAAUCCUCAAAAUUUUACUAAGUCAAUAUGUAAUUUAGAAUAAUUCAGUUAUUGGAAUUGAUGAAUAAAUUAAAUUGAAAAUGGAAAUGUAAAUCUCUUAAUUACUUACAUAAAUCAAUUUUUUAACCACUGAAUAUACAAAAAAAAUAAAAUAAAAUCUGUCUAAACUUUCUGUUGAGUAAUUUAAAGAAGAACUGAAAUUUUCAGAAGUCAAUAAACAUAAACAUAUAUAAUUAAAUGAAGGCAGAACUGCAACACUUACAUAAUAAAUAGGAUAUGCAGUCAUUUAUAGUGAAUAAAGCUUUGAUCCUUCUAAAGAAAGCUUCAAAUGUUCUUUCUUAGUCAAUGUAAUAAUCUAUUUUAAUAUUUAUCCUAGAAAUUAUCUUAUGGUCUAGUUGGAUUUGGCUCUUUAGAAGCAAGCAAAUAAAUGCAAUAUUAAAUUUAUGAUUUUUCAAAAGGACAUGGUUUCUAUGCUCUUCAUAAUACUGGCGUCAUUUAUCAUAGUGAUGAUCAAUCUAUUAAUAACACUAAAGUCAAACCUCUUUCAUUUGAUAAGGCAGAUUCAAUUAUUUGUUAUUAUGAUGCUUAAUUACAAUCAUUCACAUUUUUUAAAGAAACCAAUAAGAAUGAGAAAUAUACUAUGAAACUUAAUGAUACUUCUAAGAAAUUAUAUCCAGUUGCAAUUCUCUUUGGUCCAGGAGAUUCUAUAUCAUUUAUUUGA